AUGCUCAUGGAUAUUGCCAUCAGAGAGGAGAAGUGCAAUGACGAUUAUGAGGCCCAAGCAGAGAAGAAUCAAGGCCAAUCAGAGGGGAAUCAGCAUCAAUCAGAAGGAAAUCCGGACAAAUCAGAAGAAACUCAGGGCCAACCAGAAGAAAAUCAUCAUUCUGAGAGAUCCCGAAACCACUUAGAGAGAUCUCAUUAUUAUUUAGAGAGAUCUCAAGGGCAACUAAAGAUACAUCAUGCCCAAUCUGAGAGAUCUCACAGCCAAUCCAAGAGAUCUCAUGGUCAAUCUGAGAGAUCUCAUGGCCAAUCAAAGAGAUCGCGUGGUCACUCAGAGAGAUCUCAUGGUCACUCCAAGAGAUCUUAUAGCCAGGGAGAUCUCGUGGUCACUCAGAACGAUCUCCUGGUCACUCAGAGAGAUCUCAUAGCCACUCAGAGAGAUCUCAUAGCCACUCAGAAAGAUCUCAUAGCUACUCAGAGAGAUCUCAUAAUCGCUCAGAGAGAUCUCAUGGCCACUGAGAGAGAUCUCAUGGUCAAUCAGGGAGAUCUCAUGGCCAAUCAGAAAGACAUCAGAGAUACUCAACAGGUAAAAAUACAGUGA